CUACCUCUUCUCCUUCCCUAGUCUUGCUGCGACGAGCCUGCAUAGUUUCCACUCACUAGCGCAUUAUUCUGGGAAUUUUUUAUGCGUAUACUGAGCUGGAACAUCAAUGGAAUCAGAACCUUGCCACAUUAUCACCCUUGGAAUGCCCUCAAAACUUGCGAAGCCAUUCUUCCUGAGCUGCAUUCGGACAUCAUUUGUUUCCAAGAGAUGAAGAUUUCUAGAAAAGACUUGGAUCGGAAGACUGCCGUUCCUGAGGGCUACGAUUCCUUUUUUUCCUUUCCGCAACAUAGGGGUGGUUAUAGUGGUGUGGCUGUCUACUACAACCCUGAUUCUGCCAUCGCUGCAAAAGCUGAGGAGGGGUUAUCACUUCAUAUACAACCUCGUCCUCCUUAUGCGCCUGCCGAACUCAUAUCCAAGUCUUACCCAUCUGUGUCGGAACUGCCGCUAUUUGAGAGUGAGCAGGGGAACACUCCUUCUGAUCUCAUCGCUCUUGACACCGAAGGAAGAGCUCUUGUCCUUGAUUUUGGACUUUUCGUGCUUAUCAACGUUUACUGUCCUAAUGAUGCCUCCGACGAACGGCUAGUCUUCAAAAUUAAUUACCUUCUUAUGCUCGAGAGUCGGGUGCACGCAUUGAUAGAGGAAGGGCGAAAUGUGAUCGUCGUUGGAGAUAUAAACGUUGCUGCUACCCCGUUUGAUCAUUGUGAAGGUGGACUGGAGAGCAAAAAGCAGGAAUGGUAUGAUAAUCCCGCAAGAGAAUGGUUCCGAAAGUGGCUCGCUCCCAUUGGACCUAUGCAUGAUGUCAUCAGGGAGGCCUGGCCCGACCGGGUGGGAAUGUAUACGUGCUGGAAUACGAAGAUUCAAGCGCGAGAAACCAAUUAUGGCACGCGAAUCGAUUACAUUCUCAUGACCUCGAACCUCCUUCCUUGGAUAAAAGGUGCUGACAUUCAAGCUACCAUUCGAGGUUCCGACCAUUGCCCCAUUUACGUGGAUCUGCACGAUGAAAUAAGCCUUCCUUCGGGGGAAAGACGGGUUUUGCUCAAUGAGCUAGGUGCACGCGGUCGCGAUCCGCCAAAUACCACAUCUCGCCUUGCUGCGAAGUUCUGGGAUGAAUGGUCAGGGAAGCAAACACUCCUGUCCAGUUUCUUUGGGAAGGAGAGUAGUGUACUCCCAGAGCCUCCCCUUAGACGCACGCUCUCGGCUUCUGGUGGUGGCAUCACUUUCUUUGAGGGGGAGGAGGGCAAGUCCACCGGGUUCGUCGAGGGUCCCGAAACUUUUAUCACGAAUAUUCCCACUAUGAAUACCGAUCCUUUCUCGACGCUUCCUUCGGGAGACGAUGCGCAGACCGCUGGGGCCGGAGGGUUUCGAUCCCAAUCCCAACGAGGAUCAGCAAGGACCACCAAUGCCAGAAAGAGGGGGUCCACGGAUCUUGUGAGCUCGACUUCCGGGCCAAGGGCUAAGAAGCCAAGGUCUGGGCAAGCCUCUAUAUCUUCAUACUUUUCGAAGCCUCGAGGUCUGGCAAGGGCAUCAGAUCGGCCGAGCAUUCCUGGUUAUAAAUCUCAGGGUUGGGGCGAGCGCUCCGAAUCCCACGAGGAGUCUCAAGAUGUAAAUUCUCGGGUCACGUAUCGCGUUGCAUCAGACGAUGAGAUUCUUCUACAACCAGAAUCUGUAUCUGUGGCAUUAGGUUCUAUGCCAGACGAAUCCGAAAGCCAUCCUCAGAUUGAAUCUGACUGUGCAUAUACGCUUUUAUUGUCUCAAGGAUCGGAGAGUGCUCUCUCAGGCUCAUCCAGCCCAAGAUUUAAUGAUAAUGGGAUUGUGGCGUGGAGACAACUGAUGGCGCCCAUUGAACCUCCUUGCUGCACGGUACACAAUGAACCGGCUAAACUAUUGAGAGUCAACAAGCCUGGACCGAACAAGGACAGACAAUUCUACAUAUGUUCACGACCUGUUGGACCAGGUUAUGAUGCAGGCAAAAUGCAGCGACUGCGCGAAGAGGUGAAUCCCCGAUAUCGAUGUGAUUUCUUCAAGUGGGCAAGCGAUGCAAGGCGACAACAAAAGAAGCACCAGAAAUGAAUUGGGUAAUCAUUAGACGAAAAAUUUCGCCUCAAUUCAGGUUGGUCAUGCAAUAACAUUCUUGCCCCUACUAUGUGGUCGGCUUCGGCGAGCUGUUGCAUACAAGGCAACUUUGUAGAAGACAAAUAAUUCCCGCUAACUCUGUAGCGGGUCCUGCAAAUUUUUCGACCCUGAUUGAAUGGGUUUGGUGACAAGGUCCUCUAUUAUUGCCAAUUCUCUGUACUCUCCUCCCGCUGCCUUUUCC